CCCGCACCGCCUCCGGCUGCCGGGUUUGAGUAUCCCCGGUUCCUAGCAGGCAGCUUGGAUGUGGCCGCCGCCUCCUCCGGAGCCUGAAAGCCCGCGUAGCGUGGGCGAAGCCAAGGUGUCGCGGUCAAAUCAUCCAGGCACGGCCCUGCGGCAGCCCAGUCCCGUUCACGGCGUUCUGCUAGGGCACGGCUGUGAGGGAUUUACGCUCGGCUGUGACCACCGAGCCCCUGUCAAAGGCAGGCGCUGCACGGCGACUACAAAUCUGUGAUUCUUUAAGCUGUACCUGGACACCUCCCUGCAGAUGGGUUCCCGUGUGCGCACGGGUCUGCGAAACACUUUGGUGUGAGGAAACUCUCCAGCGUUUGAGGCGCAUUGCUUCAGUUCAAAGGAGCGCAACUUUGCGCAGCAAGACAUUCUCCUUCUGUAAGAUUACAGUUCCUGCACAGCAUUUGCACGAUUCAGCACUAUCGUAUUUCAUACGCUUUGUACUACGUUUCCCUAAACAGAGCCAGCGUUUACUGUGUCCUCAGAAGACCUCAAGAAAGCGUUUCAAGUGUUUAUUCAAGCAACAUCAACAGAGAUCAAGAGGAUUGUUUAUGUAGCUCACACUCCAUGCUGCCCCGUCACAUGCAGAGGCUGGGAAGAGACUGGAUCACCCACUGGAAUGGUUCUCAGAUACUCGCCUUGAACAGCCCAGUUUCCAGCUGUAUGAGAUGGGCCGGACACCAUCCCUGGGCCUCGUUUCCACCCCCUGUUCCAGGUGAUUUCUCAGCAAACUGGAGACUCCCUCCAUUUUUUGGGCCUUGGACACAAUUUCAGAACUCUAAUUGGCAGCUUGAUAACUUCACGCAAAGUUCUUGCUUUCACCUACCUAACCCCAGUAUGAAAUCUGAGGGAGAAGAGCCAUUGACAAAGAAGAGAAGACUCAGUGGCCAGCAUGAUACUUCAACUCCUGAAGAAGAAACAAACUCCUCCAAUCAGAAGGAAGCAUUGUGUCUUUCUGUAGCACAGAAUGAAGAAAAACAGAGCAGCAAGAAAGGAACUGUCAAAAGACAUUGGGAAUAUUUCUGUCAGCACAGUGGAACAAUGAAAAUCUUUGAAAAUAAAGAAACUGACCAAAGCAAUACGGAAAGUGAGGCAAAAUUUGAUUUUACAGUCAUGUCCUACAAUAUCCUCUCACAGAAUUUGUUAGAAGAUAACUCCCACCUGUACAAACACUGCAGGCAACGGUUGUUAAUCUGGACAUACAGAUUUCCCAACAUUCUACAAGAAAUCAAACAGCUGGAUGCAGAUGUACUCUGUUUACAAGAAGUCCAAGAAGACCACUACAGAACAGAGAUCAAGUCAAGUUUGGAAUCCCUGGGAUAUCACUGUGAGUAUAAAAUGAGGACAGGGAGAAAACCUGAUGGCUGUGCCAUUUGCUUCAAAACUUCCAAAUUUCGCCUGAUUUCAUCAAACCCUGUGGAAUUUUUUCGCCACGAUAUUCCACUCUUGGACAGGGAUAACGUUGGACUGGUGUUGCUUUUGGAGCCUAUACUUCACUGUAAAACUAAUGCUGCAAUCUGUAUAGCCAAUACACAUCUGCUGUAUAACCCAAGGCGAGGGGACAUCAAACUGACCCAGCUUGCAAUGCUCCUGGCAGAGAUUGCUAGUGUUGCCCCUCAGAAGGAUGGUACCUUCUGUCCAAUUAUUAUCUGUGGUGACUUCAAUUCUGUUCCUGGUUCUCCAUUGUACAGAUUUAUAAAGGAAGGAAAGUUAAAUUAUGAAGGACUUGCUAUAGGGAAGGUCUCUGGACAAGAACAGUUUCCAAGGGGACGAAGAAUCUUAUCUAUUCCAAUUUGGCCAAAAAAAUUAGGUAUUUCACAAAACUGUGUAUAUGAAAUAAAACAGCAACAAAAAGAAGAAAAUGCAGGAGAAAAAUUGGAAGCAGCAAAACUGGACAACACUCAGGAGAUUGUUAUAGCAUCUGAAAAGUUGUCUUCAAAAUUGCAGCAUCAUUUUAAAUUGUCUUCAGUAUAUUCUCAUUACUUUCCUGAAACUGGGAUACCAGAAGUAACAACUUGUCACUCCCGAAGUGCUGUCACUGUGGAUUAUAUCUUCUAUUCUGCAGCAAAUGAUGAUACUGCUGCCCAGCCAGGAGCAGAAGAUUCUGUUCAUGGAGGUCUGAAACUUCUUGGCAGGCUGGCCCUUCUAACAGAGAAAGAUCUUUGGACUGUUAAUGGUCUUCCCAAUGAAAAUAACUCUUCUGACCACCUGCCAUUGCUAGCAGAGUUCAGGCUUAUUGAACGGUAAUAUCCAAAGGACUUUUUGUGUAGGUAAAGUUACCUUCACCUUCUCUCUUUAUGUGAUUAUUUUUUUUUUUUUAAAGGUUAAUUCAAGCACUGCUGGUCCGGUUUAAAUAAGUUUGCAUGCAUGCUGAUUUGUUAGUGUUGUGUAGACUUUUUAAAGAGACUUUUUUUUAAAAAAACAUUUAAAUUACUUUAUGAAGUCUUUAAGGCAAAAAGAAAAGGUUUUACAUUAGCUUCCUCUUUGAUAAUGGAAAACAUCUGUGCCAGUCUCAAAAUGGCAUUAUUUUUCACAGAGAUGCUGUAAAUGGUUUUUAUUGUAAAUCAUAGUAAAAGUGAUUAUUCUCUGA